AUGGAAACAGGCGGUUGCAUGAAGAUGAUUAGUAUUUAACUUCAAAGGAUAAAUCACAAUAUAGGCUAAAGGUUAGAUUUACGAGGAAAAUAAGUAGGCUAGAACUAUAUUUUCUCAUCACAUUGCAUUGGCGGAAAUAUCAGAAUUUGUAGGUAGCCUCCUCUACGUAGCGUGUGGACCCGACAGCCUCCGCAUUUCAGCAGAAAGAUGGCGGCAAUCAGAGGAGUGAGACUAUUCAGAAUUGGAUGCUAUGCCACUCGGCAGAAUCCAACGUCGAAAACACCCCGAUACCUUCAACUACGGGAGUUCCGCGUAAAUGGAGUUCACCGGCAGCAACCCUUUGACUCCUCAGCGGAAAAGCCACAGUUUCCUGGAGCAUCUGCUGAAUUUGUCGAUCAGCUGGAGUUCAUCAAGCCCAAUGUAAUCUCGGGGAUUCCUGUGUACAGAGUGAUGGACAGACAGGGACAGAUCAUCAAUCCCUCAGAGGAUCCACAGCUGACUAAAGAGCAGGUCUUGAAUUUCUAUCAGAAGAUGACAUUACUGAACACCAUGGAUCGCAUCCUGUAUGAAUCUCAGAGACAAGGUCGUAUCUCAUUCUACAUGACUAACUAUGGUGAGGAGGGAACACAUAUUGGAAGUGCUGCAGCAUUGGAUCCCAAUGAUCUUGUCUUUGGCCAGUAUCGUGAAGCUGGUGUCCUCAUGUACCGUGGCUUCCCAUUGGACCUGUUCAUGGCACAAUGCUAUGCAAAUGUUGAUGACCUCGGGAAAGGCAGGCAGAUGCCAGUCCACUAUGGUAGCAAAGACCUGAACUUUGUCACAAUCUCUUCUCCGCUGGCAACUCAGAUUCCACAAGCUGCUGGGGCCGCCUAUGCCUUGAAGAGGGAGAACAAUAACCGUGCAGUCAUUUGCUUCUUCGGAGAGGGGGCAGCAAGUGAGGGUGAUGCCCAUGCUGGGUUCAACUUCUCGGCCACACUGGAGUGUCCGCUAAUUUUCUUCUGUCGUAACAACGGAUAUGCCAUCUCUACACCUACCAAUGAGCAGUACAGGGGUGAUGGCAUUGCUGCUCGUGGCCCUGGCUAUGGGAUGAUGUCCAUCCGUGUAGACGGCAAUGAUGUCUUUGCAGUUUACAAUGCAACAAAGGAGGCUCGUCGCAGGGCCGUUGCUGAGAACCAGCCCUUCCUUAUAGAGGCUAUGACAUAUAGGAUUGGUCACCAUAGCACCAGUGAUGACAGCUCUGCAUACCGCUCAGUGGAUGAAGUAAACUACUGGGACAAGCAAGACCACCCCAUCUCACGCCUGCGUCACUACAUGAACGCACGCAACUGGUGGGGUGAGGAAGAAGAGCGAACCUGGAGGAAACAGUCUCGCAAGCUGGUCAUGGAAGCUUUUGAGAAGGCUGAGAGGCGGCUGAAGCCCAAAGUUGACCUGCUCUUCUCAGACGUGUAUCAGGAAAUGACUCCCAACUUGGAGAAGCAGAAGGAUGCUAUGUGGAGACAUAUUCAGCAGUACAAAGAGCAUUACCCUAUUGACCUUUAUGACAAAUAAAAUAGCUGGACUAAAUUUGGAAUAUUAGGACUGGUGUGUUGGUUGAAAUAUUGUAGUGAUUAUAUAUGUGUGUGUGGGUGUGGGUUAUAGCAUCAUGAGAAAUGCUGGACCAGAUGGUUGAGAAUGGGAUGGUGUUCACGUUCUCCACCAGGGGCCUCAACAAUAUUGUAUUUUAGUGCCUUGAAAUGCAUUGCAGCUUUUCAAAUCUGGAAUGACUGCUCAUCACAAAUAGAAACUUGUAAUUUGUAAGAAAUAGAAAGUGAAGCAUUUAAUUGUUACAUAAAUGCUGUGGUCCUCAUAUAAUUCAUAUUGGUUAUUUAUUCUACUCUUGGUUGUUUAUGAGGUGUUUCGGAAACACAACUCCCAAGGUCUCAUUUGAAAAAAAAUUGCGUUGUCACAUCUAUCCUGGUUUUUCCCCAUUCUUCAACCAGUCUGAUAAGUUGUUAAAGUAACACUGAGUUUUUUUUUUUUAGUUUUUUUUUAUUGGUUAUUUAAUUUCCUGUUCAACGUUCUAUAGACACAUUAUUUAGUCUUUAGUCUUCUGAGCUAGGAAAAAAAAACAUUCUUGAGGAAAAAUUCAGUUGGAUUGUUUUUUUUUCCAAAUUGAAAUUUUUGCAAUUCCAAUCACAUAUCAGUAUUGUCUUUGUGAAAUGAUAGAAAAUCAACUCUAACUUUAACAAAGUAACAGGCCAUUGGCAAGACAUAUUUGUAAUCUUGGUGCAAUUUUGGUUUGAGGUCAAAACAGUAUUUAAAACCACUACAUAUAGGGAUGGGGAUAAACAGUAGCUGUGACUUUUCGGAAUAAAUGACAUUCUAAAAUA